UGUGACCAGCUCCGGAAAUUGAAAGUAUAAAAGCGCUUUUUCUCCAUUUCAUUUUUACAUUUUAUUUUUUCUACUUUUUUCAAACUUCAAAAUGCCAAAACGAUUUUCAAAAAAAGUUGCAAUAAUUACUGGAUCUUCAUCUGGUAUUGGUAGAGAAACCGCACUUUUAUUUGCAAAGGAAGGAGCUAAAGUAACAGUGACUGGAAGAAGUGAAGAAAAGCUUGAAGAAACCAAAAAAGCUCUCCUAGAUGCUGGAAUUAAGGAGAGCAAUUUUCUUAUUGUACCCGCUGAUAUCACAUUCUCCACGGGACAAGAUGAACUUAUCAGCCAGACUUUGAAAAAGUUUGGAAGGAUAAAUAUUCUUGUUAACAACGCCGGAGCUUCCAUUCCCGAUGCUAAGAAAAGAACUGGAAUUGAUCAAGGAAUUGAAACUUACGAACAAGUCAUGAAGCUUAAUGUUCAAAGUGUAAUCGAGAUGACUCAAAAAGUUCGUCCUCACUUGGCAAAAAGUCGAGGUGAAAUUGUGAAUGUUUCAAGCGUGGUAGCGUUGAAAGCUGGGUGGACACGAACUCCAUACUACCCAUUGGCAAAGGCAGCUCUUGACCAAUAUACAAGAAGUGCAGCGAUUGCUUUAAUAUCUGAAGGUAUUCGCGUAAACACUGUGAAUCCUGGAAUUGUGCAAACUGGGUUUCAAGCAAAUGCUAGUGGUUCAUCGUCAGAUGAUGCACAGAAGUUUUACGACGACAUGGGCUCAAAUACAACUGCAAUUCCAUGUGGAUUUGCUGGACGUCCAGAGCACAUCGCCAAGGCUAUCGCAUUUUUGGCUGAUCGAAAUUCUUCAGAAUACAUCGUUGGUCAAAAUAUCAUUGCGGACGGAGGCACAAGCUUGGUUCUUGGGAUUCAUGGGCCUGCUGGCGGCAAAAAAUGAGAUACAUUGAAAUGAUUACUUGAUAUUUUUUAAAUAUUACCUUUGAUUGUUUUUUUAAUAAGUGGAUUUAACCGGAUUGAAGUCGCUUCAAUUCUUUCCGUUUUUUAUUUAUUAGUCUUCUAUUCAUUAUAAAAUAAGUAAACUGGG